UGCCCUUGUCACCAGGAAGUGGGACCUGCCGACAGACACACCUGUAGCCAUGAGCCAGACAGCUGAGCAGCUGCUAAUCAUCUAUGAGAAGGAGUCAGAGCAAUGGGCCGCUUAUCUGCACGCAGUCUUCAGCGGUCCAAUCCCGGAGGCCGGGAUCUGCCUCUACGACAUGUCUACGCUGUCCAGUCGACAGGACGACUUCCUCUGGCUGGCCCGGUACACCUGCAAGCUCCUGAUCCUUUCCGACGGCAUGCUGGAAGGUUUGUGCCCGAAGCGGCGCUUCUUCCUGGCCCGCGUACUGCGCCCUGCAGCUCAUGUGGUGGUGCUGCUGUGUGGGGUGGAGAGUCUGACCCCACUGCUGGAGCUCGUGCCCCUGAACGCCAACGAGUGCCUGCAGGUCUCCAGCGAACAGGAUGCUCAUGAGUACCUGACCACCGUGACUGAUAUUGUGCGAAAAGCGGCAAAAGCCAAGCCUUUGAGCCGGCAACCAUUGGGGCCAAAGGUGGAAGAAAUGCGGGAGAAGAGUGUCAAAUCCAGCAUGGCGGUCGUUCCCUCCAGAGUGGCGUGCAGGAGCUCUACGGAGGUGUUCAUUUUGUUGAAGAAUGAGUCGGCCGGCAGCGACGCCGAGGUCGAGUUCGCCGGUGAGAAAAGGAUGCUGAGAGUGAAGCCUGAGUUCUGGAAUGAGCGAAUCCUGUGUGUCAAUGCGCCAGAUUUUACGGCAGGAAAUGUGACCGUGACUUUGUACAGCGGAGGGCUGCCGCUGAGCAAGGCACAGGUGCAGUACUACAGCAACGUGCAGGAAAUGACGACCCUUUUGGCGAGGGCAGCCAACCCUGUCGAUUUUAUGUGUCAGGCUUUUCAGGAGUCCACUUUGGAGAAUCUGGACCAGAGGCUGUCGUCCAUGUUGUUGGCGGGGAUGCCCGGCGGAGGUUUUCAGGGACUGCAUUGUGAAAAGACACCUGGAAGAGAGCUCCGAUGCACAGACGCUCCAUCGCUCCUCCACUUUGCUGCCCAGUAUGGAUUCAGGAGCGUCUCCUGCCUCCUGCUGCAGUGUCCAGGUGUUGAGCGAGCGCUGCACACAGCCAAUCGGCACGGAGAGACGCCCGCCGAGAUCGCAAAGAGUCAAGGCCAUACGGAGCUGCACAUCUUGUUGAAGGAAGCACUGAACAUGUUCAGCACAGGCGGUGACAAUGACGCCGGUGUAUAUGAAAUGAUGGGCUCUGCAGGGACUCCCACCGCCACCCAUCUGCAGCGGGAGCGGCAAGGAGAGCACGAGGAGGUGGAGGUUGAGGAUGCUUAUCCACAGCUGGAGGUGAAGGACGUGUACGACACCAUCCAGAACUCGCCAAAGGCAGCUGUGAUUGCCAGCCGCCCACCAGCGCCCACGCCUCGGCCCGAGAACAUGCACGCCUCGGAGGAGGAGGACAGAACACCUUAUAUCACUAAAGUGUUCCAGAAGAAGACGCCACAGCGCGAUGCUGAUCUGUAUUCAGUUACCACAAAACAAAUACAAGGGCGAGUAAACAGCCCCCCCUCCACCUAUGACACCUUUGUGCCAAACCGGACAAGCGGGCAGCAGCAACUCAUCGAACUGCAGCAGAGGGUGAAGGCAGGUUCACUCUCCGUGGACGGGGCCGUGAAGCAUUUCGGCGAGUGGCAGCGGACUCAGAAGGCCAUGGACGCCGGCCAGAAGGAAAAGUCGAGUCAACAGAAAGCCAGAUUCGUCGGCAGCGCAGAACAUGAUGACAGCGUCUUUGAUAAAAUCAACAUCGUUCAUCUCGGGCCAAGUGUUGAAGGGAACGAAGGUCGACGGGGAAGCCAAGCAAAUGAGUCUGACGGUGUCAGCAAGCCACUGAAAGGACAGCGCGUGAGUUUGCUGAACACGUUAAGUUGACACGAUGCCUAAGGUCAUUGGAGUGGAAACACUCGUGAAGGUAAUUAAUGCAUUGUCCAUCGGGAUUCUUUCUGCAGUAAGGUUUCUCCUUGAAGGGUGAAAAACGUGGAGGUAAGACAGAAAUCAUGGAAUCUAGCUUGUUAUAUUUUUAUAGACUGAACUCCAUCUUCAGAUUUAUUCCAACAUUCUCACAUUUUCCAUGUUUUCAGAAUCCACUCUACAGAGACUCUAUCCUCCCGCCAGAUGUUUCACCAGUUGAGUUUGUUUGACUACAUGAUCUAUCAUUUAAUUGUAGAAUUUACACUUUUUGUGUUUCUAAGUAAUAAGAUCUAAAUGACAGUAUAUGAAAUAUAUUUGCUAAUGUUACGGAUUAGCUUUUAUUGUGGGUUACAAGGUUAGCCAAUUCUGGCUUAAGUUAACAUAAAAAUCAUAUACAUACAGUAUUGUACAAUAUGUGUGACGUUCAUUUUUGAAAAGCAAAUGUUCUUUCUCUCAUUUCAUUCCUUUCAGUUUGUAAAUCGCCUCAUGAAAGUUUUCCAUGUCAACCUUUUUCAUUUUGAAAGUUACAUUUCUCAAUUAAAUUGCACUUUUAAUUCAACGUCACCAAGCUGGAAAUGAUUCAGCGAUUUUUCACAAAGUGAGUCAAUUAAAUACAAAUGUAAAAAAAAUGGCACUUUUAAGUGUUGUGUGUUUUCAUGGGUCCGUGGGUCAAUUUCCCAGCAGGCGUCGGCCUGAAAGCCGCUUCAUAGCUUUGCCUCUAGAGGGCGAUGUAUCUUUAAACAUAUACACCACACUCUUGUCAAGCAAACCCAGAAGCACCUGCUGACCUCCUGAUGGCUGUCAGUCAAGCUACGGUCAUUCUUUUAUAUAAGUGUAUGCAUGUAAACAUAUCAUGCAAAAUACUCAUGCAGCGGGUGUGAACAUCAGCCUGGUUGCAAAUCUUGAUUUAUACCAGCCAGGACAUGUCGUUGAGUAUAAUUGGAAUGAAUGCUCACUGGGAUGAAGGGAAGUAUCCACAGAGGGGUGCUCUAACCACAAGAGACUGUAAAAUUAAAAAGGUCAAAGGCUUAACUUUCCUGGGAAAGUCCUUCUGUCCAUUGCCAACGUGCAGGCAUCCGCGUGUCUUUAGGACAUCUUAAUAAAUAAAGCGCAGAGGCCUUUUAUUCUAAAAAAAAAAUCACAUUCAUUGAAUUGCUGAAUAAUAAAAACUUACUGUAUAUACUUGUCAAAAGUCGGAAUUUGCUGUGAUUUUACCAAACUAUUUAGGCACCGGCCCAAAUGCACACAGCCUGUCGCACACACACAGAAAGCGGUUUGUUGGUGCAGCCCAGCCUUUGCCUGAAUGCAUGAAUAGGAGCUGCAUGGGGAAUUCAGUGAAUGCACGGCUAAAUCCAAGCUCAAGUCUGGAAGCCCAGGUGGAGUACGUGCCAACAAAGCAGCUGGGUACACGCCGGGCACAUUUUUCUGUUCAAUCAUGCUCUUUGUGAAUAAUAUGUAUUAAUGCCGUCCCUACUUAGACCUGCCAGUUAGCCUUUGGAGAUGAUCCGGCUUCAGGACCCCAUGGCAUUUGAGGCAUAUGUUUGCCCGUCACCUGCCGAGCACAUUUCAGCGCGCGCGUCAGGCACGGCCACCGAGAUGGGCCUCGAUUCAUCCCGCGUGCAAACAUCUGAGCGUCGCCACGAGGAACGAUUCCCCAGCCGCAGCGAGACGAGCAGAUCGAGCGCUUCACUGGCAUGUGUCGCCCACGCAAAAACGCGCUUAUGUGUGUGGGCAGCGCCACAUCAAAGACGAAGGAUCAAAGAUGCACACAAAACCCUGCAAUGCCUACAAUUAGGGUAUCAUUUGGUCUACCUAACGGACUCUUUCUACCCGUAGUAGUACUGUAGCUGUAUCUUUUUAGCAUAUUUUACUAUCUUAAACGUUAUGGUGAUGAGAAAUGUGAUGGAUGACAUUACACAACAUUUGAAAGCUGGAAUUUUGCUUUUGAUGGUAUUUGACUUUUUCCAAUGUUUACAGCACAAAUAAGUGUGGAUGGAUCUAGUGUGCUAUUAAAUCAACUUUUGAUUUAAAUAACAAUUAGAUAAAAAUAGUUGCCCGUUUGGUAUUUACCUACUCAGGGAAUAUCCCUGUCACGUUAGCUAUUAUUUAAAGUAGUGUCUACUUACUUGAAUGUAAAUCCAAUCUUCACUCUCCAUUUAGCUUUUAGUUUCUUGGCCUCGACAAAAUCCUGAGACAAAUAUCUGUCUAUUUAGCAGUUAGAUGCUCACCAAUGUCACAGUAAAGUAGCCACCUGCUAAAAACCCAAUCGCUACGCUAAUAUGCUAAAACCCGAGUGUAACUCGAGACAUGGGUGAUGGUUGUCUGAUGGUUGGUCAGUUUGAAUUUUGUUUUUGAGGCCUUUUUAGUUGCACUUGUGUUUGGGAGGAUUCUUUUAAAACCUUUUCACACUUCCCCUGUUGGAGUUUUUUCUGUCCUCUCUAUUCCAGCUGCAGGCUCGGGUCAGAUAGCGGCGGGCGAGGAUUAUACGGUCAACGCAUCAAUAAUACUGUCAUGACACAGUUCUUAGCUGGCGAUGGCCUCUACCAGUUGGAACAUAAAAAGCCAAACUUUAGUCCUCCGUCAUCUGCUGAAUCCUUCCUGCAUCGCUACUUUUCCACGCCGCUGCGGAAACACUCAUGAGACUACAAACGCU